CGAAGUAUCCGCUUAACUAGCUUUCAAGACGGAACGUCAAUGCAACACGUUAUGUUAGCGUUUGACUCGCUUGCUCGCAAAAGUUAGCUAGUGCGGGCAACACUUGUUGGAAAAGUGGAUUCAAGUUAUUUAAAAGCGUCGUUGAUGUAUGGUUUGAGGUUGACCGUUAUGGUAGCGAGAAUGUAACUUCACGUCGUGUGUAAAUUAAGCAAAAACGCCUCGGCACGUCCAUUUAUGAUGUUAGCCCCAGUUAGCAAGCAGCUAGCCGCUGGCUCCAUUUAGAUGUUAAAAACCCGCUGUCCUACUUGUCCCCACCUCAAGACACGUUGGAUCUUUAGUACUCGACUAUUUUCAGGUGGAAGACGUCAAGAGCGAAAACAUUGACGAGGAGGCGACAAUCUCCGAUCACCACCAUGGGGGCUGCCAUCUCUCGGUGGAGGGCCAAACCUUCCACUGUGGAGAUUUUGGAGGGAAUAGAUAAGGACAUUCAGCUUUAUGAGGAGCAUGGUGAAAAAUACCAAAGGCAGCUGAAGAUUUGGCUGGGCCGACUGCUUUUGUACUCUGCUCUCCUCUACCUGAUUACCUGUGCAGUGGUGUAUUGCUGGUAUCUGCCAGAACAGCUCAUGGGGCGCUUUAUUCUCUCGCUUCCCUUUGUCAUAUUUCCUUUAUUAGUGUGGUUACUUCGAAAAAUCCUGAUCGUAAUAUUUUCACGAAGAACUGAGAGGAAUAAUGAAAAACUGGAGACUCUUAAAGUGCAAAAGAAGAAAAUACUCGAAGACGUUAUGGAAACGGAGACGUAUAAAAAUGCCAAAAUGAUUCUGGAAAGAUUUGAUCCCGAUUCUAAGCGGAGAAUGGAACUUGAAUCAACUCCACUCAGACCCCAGAUGACGCCAAAACCAGGCCAAGAGCUUCGCCAGCGCAAUGUCAUCCCCAAAACCCCGGUGGCGGUGAAUCCUGCGAGCGCCGUCGCGAGCCGCCCUCCUCUUUCCGGCGGGCCCACCAACCCUGGACGAUCUUCCCACUCCGCCCCAGGAGGACCCCCAGAGAGGGGCCUGUCGACGGCGGCCGCUCAGGAGAGUUUGAUGAGGAAGCCCGUGACCCUCGGAACACCUGCUCCAGGAUUUGGGAUGCACCCCCCAGGCCCACCUCUGGCCAGACCAGUGCUUCCAAGGGACAGAGGGACUAUGGACAGAGUCAUCGAAUACCUUGUUGGAGAUGGCCCGCAAAAUAGAUUCGCUCUCAUAUGCCAGCAGUGUCUGUCCCACAACGGCAUGGCGUUAAAAGAGGAAUUUGAAUACGUCGCCUUCCGAUGCGCAUAUUGUUAUUUCCUCAACCCUGCCAGAAAGACCAGACCUCAAACACCCAGGCCCCCCGAGUUUACUGGUGAGCUCAAGAUGUCUUCGGUGGCACCUUCCUCAUUGUCCAGCGCUGAUGAAGACUCCCUGCAACCUGGUAAAGGGGACACAAAACAUGCAACACCCCCAACCCCCCCGGGGUCCAGUCCCGAGCCUGACCACAAAAGCACUCCCCAGUCACACGACGAGCCGUCUGAGAAAUCUGACGGAGAGCAAGAUUUGUCUGCCAUGGAGGUGGAGUAAAGAAAACACAUUUCACAUCAUCUGGAACUUGGAUGAAAUAGAUUU